AUGCUGCUUAUAGUGUCACUAGUUUGUCUUCACCUACAGCUAUGUCAUAGUUUAGAGCCUUAUUACAAAGUGUUGAGUAAGAAGGACUUGGAUUUUACGCCCCAGGAUCCAGAUCCAAUAGCCGCCGACGAUAUAGAUCUCUCGGACGUCGCGAUCUCACCCAAGAGUUAUGACAAGUUAGUUUACUUCAGUAAGAUAUGUGCAUUAACUUACUGUAUUAAAGAUGGGACUUUAGUCGAAAACAAGACUUUUCUUGAUGGCGGGUGUCCCCAUGAGAUUGAGUUUUGUUCGGACCUUGAUGUGAAUCCGACGGCGCAAAGAACAAGAGUUGAAUUAGUGUUAGUUGCUGAAAAGGAUGAGCUUGGAACAGGUUAUGUCGCAGUUGAUCAUGGGAGAGAGGUGGUUAUGUUAGCAUUUAGAGGCUCUAGUACUCAGCAGGAUUGGUUUAGUGAUUUCCAAAUACAUCCCACUACAUAUGUUCCUGCAUCUGCUAAAAAGUACCGCAAACUUGUCAGGGAUGGGGUUAUCCCACCAUGUGAAGGUUGUAAAGUCCAUCGUGGGUUUUAUCGGUUUGCCAAGACAUUGAGUAGAGAUUUUUUGGAACGUGUAGAAAGGAUAUUUAAUCUUUAUCCCAACUAUAACUUGGUUGUCACCGGCCACUCUUUAGGUGCAGCAUUAGCCAGCUUAUGUGGUAUCGAAUUGGUUCUUCGUGGAUUCAAUCCUUUGGUACUUACGUAUGCAACGCCAAAGAUGUUUAACCAACCGUUACGUGAUUGGGUUAAUGAUAUAUUCAAUACCGAACAAAUUCAUGAAAAAUCUAUAGAGAAACAAGAGUUACAAUUGAAUCAAGGUUACUUCCGUGUAGUGCACCUGCAAGAUUAUAUACCAAUGGUUCCGCCAUUAUACUUUGUAGCAGGCUUGGAAAUUUUCAUCGAGAAACUCGAUUUCCCGCAUGAGAUUGAAGACUUGGAAUAUCGCGGAAUGGGCAAUGGGAUGUCAUGGAACAGUGAUGACGCACUUGGUGAUGGAGGCGGCAUAGAAGACCAAGGAGAAAUUGAAUCCGUUCGCAGCCGUUUAAAUGAACGGGUGGAAAAAUGGUUACAUAUGUAUGAGCAUCGUAGCUAUUUUAUUAUGAUCAACACAUGUAGUGGGUUUUAA